GGACUCGAGCGAGGAGUUUGCCCAGGUUGAACGGUGGGAGGGUGGACCAAGUGUCAUUUGUCCCGAAGUCCUUCUUUGAAAAACGUUUUAAGUGUGCCUGAGUGUGUGUGUCUAUCUGCACACCCCAUGCAUACUUCUACUCGUCCCGCAAAACCCUCUCUCUGCGACUCACCACAUCCAUGACUGCUCCCGGACUUGGGACUUCAGGAUCGACCUGAUGACUUCCUACAGCCAGAGCAAUGGCGCCGUCGGUGGAAGUUUGCCUUCCAGCUUCUUGAAGAGGUACUCCUCCAUCAUGGAGCAGCUGCCAGAGGAGCUCAACAGGCGGCUGUCCUUGUGGAGUUCUGCCCUAGGGCAGAUACAGGGGCUUUUUCUAGAAGGAUCCUCAACUGCUCCCCCCCCCAUCAGAAUCCUUUCUGAGAUGAUGAUCCAGCUGGACAACAUCUCCAACCUGGUGUCCAAGAUCAAUCAGUCUUUUGAAGAACAUCACAAACAGGUGGAGAACUUCUUCAACCUGAUGGAGAUUUUCAGCAGUUCCCCGCACAUCCUGGAGGUGGUCAAGGCCAAGCAGGACUGGGCGAAGAAAGAAGCCGAGCAGAGCCCAAAGGCUGCAGCCCCCAAGGAGCCCAGACCCAAAGCCACCCCGGGGCCUCAGCCGUCCACCAGAGGGCGACGGCAGUGCCUCUCCGAGACUGAGGAGCAGCAGGACCCACAGCCCACGUGGGACAAGGAGCCCCAGUUCUGGAGAGACACCCUGACCUGGGAUCUCUGGAAACUUUUCACGGAUGGCCAGGACAGCCAACAGGCACAGAAGGAGAAGCUGCUGGGAUUGGGAAGGAGGGGCUCCUGCCUGAGUGACUCGGAACUGGAACUGGACCCUGAACCCAAGAGCAGCAACAGCCUGAGUGACUUAUCCCCCAUCCUGACUCCCAUGAAUCUGCUUGGUGACUCCCAAAAAGACAUCAGCCAGCCCCAACAUGAGACCCAGGAAUCUUCUAAAAGUGCUGGUCCAUUUCUGAAGCCCCUGUGCUGGGACUCUGAGGACUUGGAGUACAGUUGGAAGAGGCCUGGCGCAUCGCCCUCACAAAUGGAGGAGAUGGCCGCUCUGCCCCAAGCCCUACAGAAGGUCCGAGUGCUGAAACACCGGGAGCUCCUGCUGGCGCUGGCCGUGAGUUGCUUCACAAGGCACGUCUUCACCUGUAGCCGGACUGGCAUCAAGGUGUGGUGCCUGACGAAGCAGGUGGCGGAGGACGGAUUCCCUGAAAGCAGCUUGCAGUGUGGCGGCCAGACCAGCGGGGCGUACCUGCGCACCUGUCAGCUGUCCUCCAACAGCAGGACCCUGUUCGCGGGUGGACACAACCUGCCUGGCGUGAGCGUGUGGGACCUGGCAGCCCCGUCCCUGUAUGAGAAGUGCCAGCUACCCUGCAAGGGUCUGUCCUGCCAGGCCCUGGCCUGCUCGGAGGAGAACAUGGCCUUCGCCGGCUUCACGGAUGGCAUGGUCAGGAUAUGGGACCUACGGAGUCAGGGAGUGGUCAGGGACCUCGAAGGCCCGGUCAGUGCAGCCAAGAGCCUUGUGGUCAAAGGUGACAAUGUCUGGACGGGAGGUCUGGACGCCUGUCUGCGAUGCUGGGACCUGCGGACGGCCAAGGUGUUGCAAGAGCACACAUUCCAGUCCCAGAUCAUGAGUCUGUCUCACAAUCCACUGGAAGACUGGCUGCUGCUAGGCCUGGCCAGCGGCCAGCAGUGCCUGUACAACAGCAAAAGGAAUGAAGCGUCCACUGUGGGCACCAAGGACAAGACCAUCCUUGACCUCAAGUUCUCCCCGAACGGCAAAUGGUGGGUGAGCGUGGGGAUGGACGACCUUGUCACCAUCCACAGCAUGCCCACGGGAGCAAAACUCUUCCAGGUAUUCCUGUGCAGGGCGGCACCCUGGGGGAGUUGGAUGUCAGUGGGAUCCUCAGCAUCCCCCACGGGGGCGAUCCCAGACUCUGGGCGGAGAGGAGCUGGGCUCGGGUGGAUCCUGUGGGCUCGCUCAGCCUGAUGUC